UGGUCGAGGUUGUGUCAGGAGCCGGAGGGCGCCCUCACGCGGAGUGUAUUGAAAUGCCCUCAGUGCGCGGGGUUUCUUACCGCCGCUCGGGCGUAUGGGAGGGCUGGCGAUAAUUAAAUAAACGAUUUGUGGACUAUAAGGGCUAGCGGAUUCUCAGAAAUUCACGCGCAGCGGCUAGAGCCGCGACGUGAUCUCAAUCUCAUCCGCGGAUGGUUCAUUCACACGCCAAACGCACUGGGCAGCGGCCGCGCCGCGGUGAUGCGGUUACGCACUUAACUAUGACGGCGGCACUGCGCUCGCUAAACGUUGCAUCGAUAACCGGUCACCAUUCUUUGUGCCAAGUUUCAAUUUCAUCGGCACUCUCACUUCGCGAGUAGUCGCACGUGCACCACCACUUGUGCGGCGCGAGACUCAGUUAUGCAACAUUCACAAUUCAAGACUGUUCGCAACUAACGCCUCUUUUGGUGCAGUGGAAACGAUUUUCAAAACUGAAGUUCGUUUUGGCAGGCAUUGUCAUCGGCGCUAAUGUAAACAAACCGAACGAAAUCUGUGUGAAUAUAUUUUGUUUAGUGCGAGAUUGUGGUAUUGUUGUAAAAAUGACAUCGCGUUCGAAAGAGAAGGUAGCGGCCGCAUUCAAGAAAUUGUUCCGAAGCUCAGAAAAGCGGGAGAAUGACGGUGCAGGGCCGAGUGGCUCUCCUUCAAGACGAGGCUUGUUUCGACGGCACAGAGAUGGCGUAGUUCCUGCUGAAACCACGGCAAGUUUGCCCUCAAGUCCAACAGGCAACUCGCUAGCCAAAAAGAAGGACGGCGCGAGCGACAUUCGGGAGCGCGCGGCUGCGGUACGCACACGCAGGCUCAUGAAGGAGCUCAAGGAGAUACAGCGGCUGCAGGAGAACAGACCCGACCCAGUGUUUACGGUGGAGCUAGUAAACGACAAUUUGUUCGAGUGGCACGUGCGUUUGCAUCAGAUCGACCCAGAGAGUGACUUGGCGGCGGAUCUACGAGAAUUGAACAUUCCUAAUAUUUUGCUGCACUUGAUAUUCCCAGAAAACUUUCCCUUUGCGCCCCCUUUUAUGAGAGUUAUUGAACCGCGGAUAGAGAAGGGUUUCGUUAUGGAAGGUGGUGCUAUUUGCAUGGAACUACUAACGCCGCGCGGUUGGGCGUCCGCGUACACCGUGGAGGCGGUGGUGAUGCAGUUCGCAGCGUCCGUGGUGAAGGGUCAAGGUCGCGUGGCGCGCGCACCGCCAAGAUCCUCACGCGAGUUCUCGCGAAGGCGCGCCGAGGAGGCGUUCCGCUCGCUUGUCAAGACGCACGAUAAAUACGGCUGGGUCACACCUUCGCUGUCUGACGGGUGAAGUAUAAGACAUUUUCAACAGUGGUGCAGAAAGGAUCUCUAGUAGAUAAUUAAUUAAAUUUUAGCUAUAAUUUUUAGUAAACACCUUUUAUAUCUUACUUUUUUAAGGAAUACAGAGUUUUACCAGCUCUCUAUGCAUUAUUUUCCUGUACAUACCGCGUUUACAGGUUUUGUAUGAAACACGCCAUUCCAAUGUGAAGUGUCAGGUUUAGAAUUUUGUUUAGUGAAUAGUUAGGAUAUAAUAUGCUGUGUACUGUGCCAAACAUGUAAUGUUUCGCUCAACGCCUAGAAUGUCAUAUGAAAUAUGGUACUACCUUCUUUUUUUACACUCUAAUGUUUUCUAUUCAAUGCAAAUUAAUCAUAUUUUAAUAUGUAUUUAAACCGCCAAUGAGAUGUAUUUUGUGCACAUGUGACAUGAUAUUUUAAAUUGGCAUAAAAAAUUAUUUAAAUCAUGAAAAAUUGGUUUUAUCUCUUAUAAAAUGUUAUAUAUGCAAAUUUCCGUCCCAAAGUCAUUUAAAUCAUUUUGAUAUUUGUGAUUGUAUGAUAUGUAUUUCUUAAAAUCAUAAGAGAAUGCAAAAUUAAACAUUUUUAUAAGCUUUCUGUCUGUAGAGGUAAUGCGAAAUUUUUAAAUUCCAAAUGAAAUUUUAGUGCUCAAAUGAAUGUUUUGUAAUUAAAUGUAAAUCAAAUGUGAAGUUUGUAGCUUGUGGCAAUAUUUUAUCGAAAUAGGAUGUAAUAAUAAUUGUAAGUAUUAUAAGAAAUUGAUGUUGUUUAUUCUGUGAACCAAAGAUUUAUUUUUAUGUAAAUUUGAAUUCAGUGCAAAAUAUAUGUUAUUGAUGUAAUAAAUUACUUGCUCAAA